AUGGUAGUUCAUGUUCAGGCUCAGAAUAAGGAUGUUAUUGGAUCCUCUAUUAAUAAAAACUGGUGUUUCUUAAAUAAUGAUAUUAAUGACAGUUCAGGUAGAAUUUGGGUAGGAUGGAACCCUCUUAAUUUUUCAAUCAAUUUGUUACACUCUGCCUCUCAAGCUAUAUUUCUGGAAGUUACUACUUGUAGGAAUCUUAAGUUUGUUGUGACCUUUGUUUAUGGUGAUAAUGAUAAUACAAACAGAGUUGCUAUAUGGAAUGAUUUAAUUGCUUUUUCUGGUGGUUAUGAUCUCCCUUGGGUGGUUUUAGGGGAUUUUAAUGAAAUUCUAAACUUUAAUGAGAGAAUUGGUAGUAAUAGUAGUAGCAGUCAUAUCUCAUCUAUGAAUCACUUCAAUCAUUGUGUUGAGAUUUCCCAGUUAUUUGAUCUUCCUUUCUCGGGUGAUUUUUACACUUGGUCGAAUAAGCUGAUUGACCCUGGUAGAAUAAUGUCAAAAAUUGACAGAGUAUUGGCCAAUAUUGAAUGGACGUCUGUCUUUACUCAAUCUAAAGAUGAUUUCUUAGCUCCAGGCAUCUCAGAUCAUUCCUCUAUGGUUGUUUCUGUGUAUGAGAAGCGGCUUCAUGGUCCUCCUCCUUUUCGCUUCUUUAAUUAUUUAACUAAUGAACCUGAUUUUCUUGAUAUUGUGAGAAGUGUUUGGGAAGAGAAAGUAAAUGGAAACCCUAUGUUUAUUCUUGUCUCUAAAUUGAAGAAGGUGAAAAAACGAUUGAUUACUCUAAGAAGAGAAAGAUUUGUUAAUGUCUCCGAAGCUGUGCCUGAAGCUAAGCAAGAAAUGAUCAAUGCCCAAGCUGCAAUUCAGAGUAAUCCUUUAAGUGCUAGUGUUGAUACCGAGGAUAAGAGUGUUGUGCGUAGUGGUUCUCCUGGAAUUAAUGAUCCUGCUUCUGAUUUUAUUCAAUUUUCUAAGAUUGUUAGUACAGAUGAUGCUGCUCGGCUUAUUUCCUCUAUUUCUAGGGAUGAAAUUGUUCAUGUUUUGUCUUGCACUGGCUCUAGUAAAGCUCCAGGCCCUGACAGAUUUACAAGUCAUUUCUUCAAAGUGUGCUGGUUCAUUGUUGAGGCUGAUUUCAUCAGAGCUAUUCAGAAUUUUUUCACUAGCUUCAGAUUGUUGGGUGAGAGACAAGGGCCUCCUAGAUGUGCCUUAAAAAUCGAUAUUAGGAAGGUUUAUGACACUGUAAGUUGGGAUGAUGUCGUGUUGUGUUUGAAAAGAUUGGGUUUCCCAGAUAUUUUUAUUUCCUGGAUUUAUAAUUGCAUCUCUACUGCGAAGUUUGCUGUUCUCGUUAACGGAUCCCCUUAUGGGUAUUUUUCAUCUAGUAGAGGCCUUCGUCAGGGAUGCCCUCUAUCCCCUUAUUUGUUUGUCAGUGUUAUGGAAAUUCUAAGUUUAUCUCUUAAGUACCAGGUGGAUAUAAGAAGAUAUGAUAUUCAUCCUAGAUAUAAGCUUACAAACCUUACUCAUUUGUGUUUCGUGGAUGAUAUUUUAGUGUUUUUCAAGGGCUCUAUUUCUGCAUCUACUUCUCUUAAAUCAGCCAUUGAUGAUUUUAGUCAGUUUUCUGGGCUUGAAAUAAAUAAAUCUAAGACAGCUCUUUACUCUUCUGCUGUGAAUCCUUCAGAGCUUGCUCAGAUUGUUACUUGUUUAGAUUGUAGUACUGAUGAAUUACCUAUGAGGUAUCUUGGUGUUCCCCUCAUUACUUCAAAAUUAUCCUACCAAAAUUGCCUUCCUUUAAUUUUGAAAGUCUCGAAAAGAGCUAAAUCCUGGAAGUCUAAGAAGUUAUCUUAUGCAGGUAGACUGUUUUUGAUUAAAAUUGUCUUAAUGAGAAUGAUAUUCUUUUGGCUUUCUUGCUUUAUUUUACCAAAAAGAGUUUUUAAGGAGCUAAACUCUAUUUUCAAGAGAUUCUUGUGGGCUGGAGUAGAUUUGGGGAAGACUUAUCACCCAAUAAAGUGGAGUGUUGUUUGCAGUACUUAUAAUAAAGGGGGGCUUGGUGUAAGGGAUAUUCAUAUUGCUAACUGUGCUGCUAAUCUUAGACAUAUGUGGGAUAUUGUGAGUGGAAAGAGCACUAUUUGGACGACUGGGUUCAAAAAAAUCUCAUCAAAGGGUGUAGUUUUAAGAGUUAACUCUAGGGAAGUUGUUGCUGCUACUAAGGGAGGUGUCCCUGCAAUUUCUGUUAAUGCCCAUGAACUUCAGGGUGUGGAGUUAGGCUUUAACCUUGCUAUUAUGAGAGGAUUUAAGAAAGUCCAUUUAGCCAUUGAUUCAAUGGAAACCAAUAGAGCUGCAGAUUGUUUAGCAAGUUACCAUCCUCCCAUUAAAUGGGUUGAUAUUGGUGUUGAGGAUUUCUCGCCUGAGUUAUGUGAGAUUAUUAAAGAGGAUAGUGAGGGAAAGUUGUAUCCCCGUAGUUAG